AAUGAAAAUUUUCGUUGUAUCCUUAUUUGUAGUAUUUGCAAUUUACCAAGCUCACGCAAGUGAGUUAGUCAGUGAUUUGGCAGAAAAUCAAAUCUCUGAUGAUGGAAAUGAUUUGGUUGAUUUAAAUGAACGUGAAAUUGAUGAAGAAACUGAAGAAGAAGUAGCAAAGAGAUUCCUUAGUAAGCUCUUCAGCAACAAGAAAGGUAUAAGCAAAGCUCAAUGUGCACUUUGUGCUGUUGCCCCAGCAACUAAAAGAUGCCAGAGAGUCAAGAAAUUAUGCAUGAUGAAACAUAAAAUUUUCAUUCUUCCCAAAAAAGUUUGA